AAGUGCGUGGGUGGCGGUCGGAAGAUGGGGAAAGGGCCUUCUAGUUACUCAUUUUCACUCAGUCACGAAAACAAAACUUCUGGAGGAAAAAUUCAGAAACUAUUCGCCUUCUCUUGACUGGUACGUUUUUUUCACCUUCCCAAGAACGUAGGCUAUGCAAUACUACUUCCGGUGCGGAGUUAAGAUAAUUCCGGUUUAGAGCUACAAGUGUUCCGUUCAACCCUGAAAAACGUCAGUCACAGGAUGAAGUGAGUGACAGCACAUGUAAACAUGAAAAAGUGAAGUGCAUGUCUUGCUCAAAAUUGAAGACGUGCCAGACUUUUAUUUCUACUCGUGCCCCGGUAGUUACGUUAUGAAGCCAUGAUUAUCUGUUAACCGAAAAAUUGGUCAAUCACAGCUUUUCUAACAACUAUUUAAACGAGACUUAUUUCGCCUUGAUCGAAGUCUGUGAGAGGCUAAUGUGGAAACUCUAAAAUGUGACCUCAACAGUACUAAUGCAACCGGAUGCAAGGAAUAACGUAUGAUGUUGAACAAUGAACAGAAAACUCGAAUUCCGGCGUAUCUGUAAUCACCAACUCCUUGGUACUUUUGAUAGGGGUAUGCAGCUCGGUUCUCCAAUUCUUGACCCUAAAACUGUCACUCUCCUCACUCGUUACCAAAAGUAGGCUCCAAGAUCCAUGACUGUUUUAACGCCUAGCCAUUGAAACAAGUUCUUAGUUUUGUAGCCAAAUGAAUCUUCAUAUCAGUAUCAGAGGUCAAUAAUGGUAAAAUUUAACCUUGAACUCAGCUCGAAUAAUAUAUUUGGUUCCUUCUCUUUCUCUAUUGUCCAUGUGGAGUUGAAAAAACAAAUAUGUUUACAUGUUCUCCUGGUUACCUUGAAAAUCAUCCGUGUUUUAAGGCCAUAGUUCUGAAAAUGUGUUCCUGUGUUUAGACCCCCAAAAAAGCUCCAAAACCAAGCCUUUUGGAGAGGCAGAUACGUACUGGUUGGUAGCUUAUACAGGGAAAUACCUCCUCCGGAAAUCAAUCACGGAUAUUUCUUCGACACAAAGGUGUGUACAGGUGUUUGAACCAUGUAUCUGGGAAAAAUAAAAUCUUUAUGAUAGGAAUAAUGCUUCUGUUUUCAAUGUAGAUGUAACAUUAUUUGAAUCUCCUCGCGCUUAAAGGACGAGUCAAAGAGAGAAACCCCAAAAAUUGCUUAAAAGGCAAGUUUAAGUCGCUUCAGAGGAGAAUCAUCGACCUCUAUAAGUUCAUUAUGGAAGAAACAAGCUAACAAUCUGACUUAUCUACAAUCACGCCGUCUCUCACGUGCAGUGCCCCAGGACCGCGGGACACGUGCUUCAUAUGGCAGUUCUUUUUACGAUCCCCUCCGAUACUUCUCCUUUCCUCCCCGCGUUUCUUUGCAUUCACAACUCCUGAAUGAGAAACAAAGGCUUCUAAAGAUUAUAACUUGUUCUUUCACCGCACGGUACCUCAUUUACCCACUGGUGCCAGUGAAUGCAAAUUCAUUAGUCUUGUCAAACGUUGAUGUGACCUCAAUGUGAACUCUCGAGCACCUACUUCGUACAAACCACGAAGCACCAAUUUUAUUACAUAACAUCGCGAAACGAUGGGAAGCUUAUUAAAUUUAGUCACGAGUAUCCCAACCCACGUAUCGUAAGAUGAUGUUACAAAACAUCUAUCUUCGUCUCAAACGUUUUGGCGGUCUGUUCAACUGUACAGUACAAUCUUAUAUAUUUUCGGUGAUGUAACUGAAUUCGUGAAGCCCUGGGGAGAGUGGGUUCGGAUGCAAAAUGGCUGGUAUCUUGGUCACACAUGCAUAGAAGACGAGGAUACAGGCUGUUUCAGCCGAAUUUUGAUUGGAUUAUGAUAAGAGAUCAAGUGGGAGAAACUGCGUACGGCAACGCGUAUUUGGAAAUCGAAGUGAAAAAUCCUCGAACCCAUAUUGAGAAAGAAAAGGCACUUUAUACUGACUACGAAAUUGAAUUGAAGACAAAUCAUCCUGCAUUUCCAUUGUUCCAUUCUCAAGUGAGACGAAGAUAUUCAGAGUUUGUUUGGCUGAGAACCAGAUUGGGUCUUGAUGAUGUUGUAAUGGUGCAAGUUCCACAUCUACCAAGAAAACAGUAUGUUGGACGUUUCAAGGAGAGCUUUUUACAGAAACGCCAAGAAGGAUUAUCAAGAUUUCUGAAUAGGCUUGCAAGCAUUAAUUCUUUUGUGAACAAUUCAGCCAUGCUACUAUUUCUGCAGACAAGUCUCAGUAAACAUCAAAUGGACUACUACAUGAAAACACGAACUCCGGGAGGUAUCAGAUCACUUAUUCAUAGACUGCAUGAGAAAGAAUUGAAGAGGGACGACUCAGAAAGACGACCCAGAACAAAAACAUUCAGUGCAGAGUAUCCAUCUGCAGAAAAGCCCCAAACCCUGAAAUACAAAUCCUACGGUAAGGAAUGGUCAAGUUUUCACAAUGAUAACCUGUUUGGGUUUAAUACUGCUGUUGAAGAUGCUAUUGAUGUUCCAGCCAAUAGAGACAUGAAGAAAUGUCGCAGUAUCAGCUGCUGUGCAUAUCCUGGUGGCCAACUGACCCUUCCCACAAUUCCUGGUAGCAGUGAGGAUGGGUUAGACAGUGCAGAAAGUGCAUCGUUUACAGAACCAGAUGGACAAACUGAAGAACAUCCACUGAGCCGCAGCUGGCAUGGAACACCAAGGGAUGAAAUUGACUUUGUACUGGAGGAUUAUGAAAUAAUUCCAUUGGAAUCUAUAACAAAAAUGGCAGGAAAUGAUGAUGGUGACAGCUUAAGUGAGUUUUAUGACCUGGACUUGGACUAUGUGGAUGUUGUAAAACCUGGUUUAGAAUAUGGGAGAGAACGUCGCUUUGAUUAUUAACAUCUGCCAUGUAUUCACUAAGUAAUUAAUAAUAAUCAAUAAUGUUGGGUGAGGUUAAGUCAGUGAGGGUUGAAGUUAAAAACAGACUUGGUUUAGAUACUGUGUGAACAGAGCACAACUGGUUGAGAAAGAGGAAGAGUUCAGGAUCAUCUUUUUCCCCUGAUCUUGAUUUUAACAAUAGUAAUAAUAAUUGUUAAUAAAACUGUAAAUAAUCAAUGUAUUAAUUAUAUAUAGUCAGUUGCUUAUGGGACUUGUCUGGAAUAUUCUGAUAUGGAGACUCCAUUGGUUGCUUAUGAAGAAAGAAUAAUGAAAUAACAUAUUACAACACAGCUAUAAGGAUGAUGAUUAUGCUAUAAUACAGUCCAUGUACAGUGUACAGACUUUGGUUUAUAUGGAAUAACAUGCCAACUUAACAGUAUUAGUCAAAAAGGGUUAGCACUGUUAUGAAAAAGACUAUUUUCCCAGUCAAAUAUAAAGGCUUUAAUUGAUGAUAACAGUUAAGUCAAUAUUUGUUUAUACAAUUACUAGUUUCUCAACCAAUAUGUCACUAACUCUCUGUAGGCUUCACAAACACUUUCUUCCAAUCUAGUGUUCUGAAAGAAAUCAUGCCUUUUGAAGCUUCUAAACUAUGUGAUCACCUUUGAUAAGAGCUUCUGGACUAGUUUUUAAAAUUGUGGAGGAAAUCACGAUCUGCACAAGGCUUAUUUGUUGACAAGAGACUGAUACUUGUAACUCAUUCAAACUUAUGAACAAACUGAUAGAAAUAAGCUGCUCCCAAGUGCCUUUGUCUUGUCAGUAAAAGGACUAGAGUGCAACUGUGUUCAGGCUCAUAAAUCAGGCUAUACAGUUUUGGUAAUACAAAAUAGUUUGAUAAACAGGUCUGUGUUUUACAGGAAUUUAAGCAUAAGUCAAUUGGUUGGGAAUUGUUUGGGAAUUAGAUUCCAUAAUUGCGGUUUUAAACUUUUGCUUUCUAAAUACCAUGAGUGAAAUUAAUUGACAGUUGUAUAGUUAAGCUGGGGAUAGUGGUAUCUAGGUGUCCUUGUGCAACUGUGUUCAUGCAGUGUACUGAAUAUCAUAGCUUAUCCUAAAUCUUUCUCUGUAGUAUUAGUGUGAAAAGAAUAUUAUCUUUUGUUGGACUGCAGUAUAUUCAAUUUCUUGUUAUUUAAAUUAAUAUGAUAAUGUCCAGGCCACCAUUGUUGGAAUUCGUGAUGUCAUUAAAGAGAGAAUGAAAUAA